AUGGAAGGAGCAUCUAUUUCUGCGCAUUUGUCAUCAUCUGUCCCACUUCUCACGGGAAUCAACUUAUCAGAAUGGAAAGAGAAAGUUGAAUUCACCUUGGGAGUAUUUGAUCUGGAUUUGGCUCUUCAAAUUGAAGAGUCAGCUCUUCUUACAGAAACAAGUAAUGAUGAACAAAAGGCUCUCCAUAAAGCUUGGGAGAAGUCUAACAGAUUGAGCUUUAUAUUUUUACGUAUGACAAUUGCUAGCAACAUCAAAACUUCCCUACCUAAACCGGUAAAUGCUAAGGAUUAUUUACAAGUAAUAGAAGAACGGUUUAAGACUGUAGACAAAUCCCUUGCUGGGAAACUUAUGGCAGAUCUUACCACCAUGAAGUUUGAUGGCACACUCUCAAUGCAUGAUCAUGUUAUUGAGAUGACGAACCUUGCGGCGAAGCUAAAGAAUUUAGGAAUGAUGGUGGACGAUUCUUUUCUCGUUCAAUUUAUUCUAAAUUCUUUGCCUUCUCAGUAUGGACCUUUCCAAAUUCAUUACAACGCCAUUAAGGAUAAAUGGACGGUGAAUGAGUUGGCUAAUAAAUUGGUUCAAGAAGAGGGUAGGAUAAACCAACAAGGUAUUAAGGUUGCACAUCUUGUCCAAGGAGCUGGAUGUAAAGUUGGAAAAAGGCAUAACUCAAGCCAUAAAAGAGCACCACCCAAAAUGAAUGAUUCUAAUCAAUCAAAAGAGAAGAAGGCAAAGAUAGAGGCCAGGUGUAAUUUUUACAAUAAACCUGAACACUUUCAGAAAGAUUGCCAAAAACGAAAGGAAUGGUUUGAAAAGAAAGGUAACCCUAUGGGUUUCGGAUUUCUUACGACCCAAACCAUAUGCCCAAGUGAAAUUUUUUUAUUUAUGGGAAACCGAGACAAAGCGCUAGUUAAAGCUAUUGCCACUUAUCGUCUUAUUUUGGAUAGUGGAUUUCAGUUAGAUUUAUUUCAAACUCUUUAUGUUUCAUCUAUUUCUCGUAAUUUAGUUUCAUAUGUGGACGCUGUACAAGUGUUCAUAACUGAAGUUGAAAGGCAAUUAGAUAGAAAAGUGAAAAUCAUAAGAUCAGAUAGAGGUGGUGAAUUUUAUGGAAGGUAUGAUGAAACAGGACAACAUCCUAGACCUUUUACAAAAUUUCUCCAAAAACAUGGAAUUGUUGCCCAAUACACAACGCCUGGUUCUCCAUGGUAG